CGAGAAAGGGAAAAAUAGAGGAAAGAAAAUGUAUAUAUUUGAGGAACGGGACGAAAGAGGCUGAAGGUUUUAUUAUUGUAUUUCCCCUUCAUUCAUUGUGUCACCAUUCGGGUCGGGCCUAGUGACACUCCAGUGGUCGACUCGCUAUCAUCUUGCCCUGUACCACCGGACCUCAGACCGGCGGGGCAGUUCUCUACAGUGUGCUACGCCAUAGUUUCAAGACAAGGAAAUCAAACAAUUCUCACCACAACACUCGCGACAGAACUUCUUGGCAAGCUUCAACUUUGGAGAUCAUACUUUCCAGCUCCCAGCAACCUUUUCACCCACAGCAACUAUUGCCGUCUAGCAUUACAACCCCCGCAAUUCCUGUUUCGUCUGCGGGAGGGAAGACACAACCCCACCAUGACAACUCCAAGGGUGUUCAUUGUCCGCCACGGUGAGACAGAAUGGUCGCUCAACGGAAGACACACGGGCACGAGCGAUAUCCCCUUAACCUCGAAUGGCGAGAAGAGAAUCCUCGCCACGGGCAGAGCGCUGGUGGGAGAUGAUAGGCUGAUUGUACCGAAGAAGUUGGCACACAUCUAUGUCUCACCGCGGAAACGAGCACAGAAGACUCUCGAGCUGCUUUAUCUGGGGUGUCGGGAGAAGUUGCCGUGGCAGGAGCAGAGGGAACAUAAGGAUGAGGAUAUUAGGACGGAUGCCAAUGUGCAGAUUACGGAAGAUAUCAGAGAGUGGGAUUAUGGAGACUAUGAGGGAAUUACGAGUCCGCAGAUUAGGGAGUUGAGGAAGAAGCAAGGUAUUGGAGGACCGAAUGGUGAGUGGGAUAUUUGGAAGGAGGGUUGUCCUGGUGGAGAAUCUCCAGAACAAGUCACAAAACGAAUCGACCGUCUGAUCGAGGAAAUACGAGAAAAGUUCCAUGGUCCAGUAAUUGGAAAGCCCAAGGGUUCAGCACCCCCGGGCGAUGUGUUACUGGUUGCACACGGUCAUAUCCUACGAGCUUUCGCUAUGCGUUGGGCAGGAAAGACAUUACAAGAUGGACCUACGUUCUUGCUUGAAGCUGGUGGUGUAGGAACCUUGAGCUACGAACAUCAUCGGUUGGAAGAGCCAGCAAUUCUGCUUGGUGGUGGAUUUAUGGUUGAUGUUGUGGAGAAUAGUGCUGCAGACCAGAAGAAGGAAUUGGAGGCAAAGAAAUAGAAUUGUCUAUACUGAGUUAUUAGAUUUAUAAUUUUGAGAAAAUGAUAAUGUAUAGAACAUAAGCAGAC